GCCUCUUCCCCUUUGUGCCAUCCGGGUCUUCUUUGCCCGAGUUGUUCAGUCUGUGGCGAAGCGUCAGGGCGACUAUUACUGUUGAGAGCGGCAAGUAGAGGAGCCGCUCUAGCGGCCAGGACUCUGACUAUGGAGGCUAGUGAUACAGAGCGAGAUGGACUAGCCCCAGAAAAGACAUCCCCAGAUAGCGAUAAGAAAAAAGAGCAGUCAGAUGUAUCUGUUUCUCCUAGAGCCUCAAAACAUCAUUAUUCAAGAUCACGAUCAAGGUCAAGAGAAAGAAAACGAAAGUCAGAUAAUGAAGGAAGAAAACACAGGAGCCGGAGCAGAAGCAAAGAGAACCAACUUCUUCUUAAACAGGCAAGAAGACAUGAAUCCAAAGAUAAAUCCUCUAAGAAACACAAGUCUGACGAACAUAAUGACAAAGAACACUCUUCUGAUAAAGGAAGAGAGCGACUAAAUUCAUCUGAAAAUGGUGAGGACAGACACAAACGCAAAGAAAGAAAGUCAUCAAGAGGCAGAAGUCACUCAAGAUCUAGGUCUCGUGAAAGGCGUCAUCGUAGUAGAAGCAGGGAGCGAAAGAAGUCUCGAUCCCGGAGUAGGGAGCGGAAGAAGUCAAGAUCCAGAAGCAGAGAGAGGAAGAAAUCACGAUCCAGAAGCAGGGAAAGAAAACGCCGAAUCCGAUCUCGUUCCCGCUCAAGAUCAAGACACAGACAUAGGAGUAGAAGCAGGAGUAGGACAAGGAGUAGAAGUCGAGAUAGAAAGAAGAGAAUUGAAAAACCAAGAAGAUUUAGCAGAAGUUUAAGUGGAACUCCUAGUCCACCUCCCUUCAGAGGCAGAAACACAGCAAUGGAUGCACAAGAAGCUUUAGCUAGGAGGUUGGAAAGGGCAAAGAAAUUACAAGAACAACGAGAAAAGGAAAUGGUUGAAAAACAGAAACAACAAGAAAUAGCUGCAGCAGCUGCAGCUACUGGGGGUUCUGUUCUCAAUGUGGCUGCCCUUUUGGCAUCAGGAACACAGGUAACUCCUCAGAUAGCGAUGGCAGCUCAGAUGGCAGCCCUGCAGGCUAAAGCUUUGGCAGAAACCGGAAUAGCUGUACCUAGCUAUUAUAACCCAGCAGCUGUGAAUCCAAUGAAAUUUGCUGAACAAGAGAAAAAAAGGAAAAUGCUUUGGCAAGGCAAGAAAGAAGGGGACAAAUCCCAGUCUGCUGAAAUAUGGGAAAAGCUGAAUUUUGGAAACAAGGACCAAAACGUCAAAUUUAGGAAACUAAUGGGUAUUAAGAGUGAAGAUGAAGCUGGAUGUAGCUCAGUUGAUGAAGAAAGUUACAAGACUUUGAAGCAACAGGAAGAAGUAUUUAGGAAUCUAGAUGCUCAGUAUGAAAUGGCAAGGUCACAGACCCAUACACAAAGAGGAAUGGGAUUGGGUUUUACAUCAUCAAUGCGAGGAAUGGAUGCAGUUUGAAAAAGAUCUCUUAAUGUUUGGAACUUUCUAAACUUCUGGUUCUGAUGUCAGGUCCUUGUUCACCAAACAGCUAGCAUUCUAGCUUGCAUGGGUGUUGCAUUGACUUUAAUUUAUUGAAAAAUAACGAUUUUUUGUAAAUAUCAGAUCAGUGAUACUGGUGUUAGUGUUGUAAUUAGGUUAAACCCACUUCCAUUAAACUUGACAGGACUAUAGAAGGACAAUAUUUUUUAGUUCAUGAAUUCUACUUUCAAAAUAUAUAUAAAAACUGCAGGUGGGAUAAAAAUCUCAUACAUGGAUUUUUUCGUGUCCGCUGUCUUGUGUACUUUUGUACUUAACCUUGUACAGUUAUUUUCAUCUCUUGAAACAUGAAAGAAAUGUUAUGUAGAUGUUCUUUAGAAGAUCUGGCCAUUUGGUUCAUACCAGCACAAAUAAGCUGGGUGGUGAUGAAAAUAAAAAUGGUUUUCUCAAAACUGGUGGUAAUUUAAGUUACCUGGCAUUAUUUGAAUUUAUUUUAUGGUUUCUGUAGCAUUUUGCAAUUGCUAUUAGAAAACACUGGCUAAAAAAUUCUUUUUUUUUUUUUUAAAUGCUUUUGGAAGUACCAUAGCAAAAAUGUAAAAGGAAGUUGGGAGUAAGUAAACUUAUUAAAAUACUGUUUUCCUACUAUUAUAAGGGACAGAAUUGGUGUACAGUAUUUGUUAAAUAUUCCAUAUGUUAUUCAGGAGAUAGAUUAAUACUUUAAAGGGAUGUAAGCACUUUUAUUUUAAUAAAGUGCCUUAUAACAAG